AUCCGAGGUCUAGAAAACAAAAGAAAAUGGUGUCCAAGAUUUUGAAGAAAACCGCAUUCGACAAAAAUCCCAUGUCCACCAAGGGGUGUCGUGGCAUAAGGCAGCGCCACCGCCGCAACUGCUCCGUUAUAAAGGCCGCAGCUGCUGCCUCCUCUAUCGUGCUCACCCGCAUUGGCUCCAAAGGAUUUAAGAUCGUUCAAAAAACCCAAACCCGAGAGGGUGAACCUGAAUCCGAAUUAUCCCGGGAACGCCGUCCGCUCCCGCCCCUGACUUCGCCGGAGAAGCGGACCGUGUUUCUCGAUCUCGAUGAGACACUGGUCCAUUCCGUAACGGGCCCGCCGCCCAAGAGAUUUGACUUCGUCGUACGGCCGAUGAUUCGCGGCAAAGUAAUGACUUUCUACGUCGUGAAACGUCCUGGCGUGGACGAGUUUUUGGAGAAAUUAGGAAACAAGUACGAGGUGGUAGUGUUCACGGCCGGGUUGCGCGAGUACGCGACGCUGGUGCUCGACCGGCUGGACCGGAAGCGGGUGAUUUCGCACCGGCUAUUCAGGGACACGUGUACGGAGGUGAAUGGGAGGUUCGUGAAGGACCUGGCAAUUCAGGGGAGGGACCUGAGCCGGCUGGUGAUUGUCGACGACAACCCCAACGCGUACAGCUUCCAGCCGGAGAACGCAAUCUCAAUCCUGCCGUUUGUGGACGACGUGGCCGACCGGGAGCUGAGGAGGGUGCUGGAGUUCUUCGAGGACGAGGAUGCUCGCUGCUGCGACGACAUUAGGGACGCUGUGAGGCGGUUUGUUGGGGAUGACGAGUCGAUAACGUCAUCAGACGACGACGACGAUGGGUUGGAGGUGGCGUUGGAGUUGGAGGAGAUGAUGGAUACCAAGUGUAAGCUCCCGGUGCUGAUGGUUUCAUCAAAAGCGCGGGAAAUCAUGAGUCGACGUGAAUUUCACCAGUUUGGGAUACCUAUUUUAGGGUUUCGGACGAGGAUGGUGGUGAUGUUCUGUUUGUUUCUGCUACUUCUUCAUGUAAUGUGCUUUCGCACGGAAUCAGUUCACACUUUUUUCUAGUAGUAGUAUUGAAAUUUAACAAGAGCUUCUUUUAGUUUUGUUUCUAAUAUAUAUUGAACCGUGGACUCCGUCUUUUACAUUUAAGUUUGAAUCGCUUCAUC